UGAUUCCACAUUCUUUUCUUACUAGACAAAUAGCAAAAAUGAGGAACCUAAAACAUUAAAAUAAACUAAAAAUAAAACACCCAUCUCUCUCUCUCUUAAUCUAUUUCUUCAUUUCUUUCAACUCUCUCUUUGCCUAUUCUCUUCUCUAUGAAAAACUCAUAGAGACAGAGAUUCAUGGCAAUGAAGAACACAAUCAGGUGUUGCAUAUCCUGCAUUUUACCCUGUGGAGCACUCGACGUGAUCCGAAUAGUCCACACUAAUGGCCGAGUCGAAGAGAUCAGCGGAACAAUUCUUGCUAGUGAGAUCAUGAAAGCUUACCCUAAACACGUCUUGAAAAAACCAUGUUCUUCCCCGUCGGAAGACGGAGUUGUUCCGAAGAUCGUUAUCGUCCCUCCUGAUGCGGAACUACAACGGGGGAAGAUUUAUUUUCUUAUGCCUCUACCGCCAACGAGUGUGCCUCACGAAAAGAAGUCUAAGACGACGACGACAACAACGACAAAGACAACAAAAACGAGGGAAACAUCCGUAGAUACCACGACACAUCAUCGAUCGAGUCAUAAUAGAAGAAAAAGGAGCAAUAGUAAUGUUUCGAAUGCGAAUUCGAAUUCAAUGACGGCGAAUCUUCUUGUUUCGGAUCGGUAUUUGAGCGAAAUACUAUCGGAAAAAGUAUCGACACAGAGAGAUCGGAGAAGAGGUCGAGUUGGGAUAUGGAGACCUCAUUUAGAAAGCAUAUGUGAAGCAUCAAAUGAUAAUUAAUAUUUAAUGGAAAUGAAGUUCUUGAAGUCUCAAUUCAGUGAUUUUUCUUUUGUUGUUUUCUUGAUUCAUUUUAGAGGUUCUUUAAUUAUUAUCAAGAUUAGGGUUCAAGAAACUUUAUGUUAUAUUCUUCAUUUUCAUUUUUUUCUUUGAAAUUUUUCUUGUUUUUGGUGUACAUAGAGGCAUAUAGAAGGCGAAAAAUGCAAAAAGAUGGGGUUAAUUUAAUGCUUGGAAAUAGUUGGUGGUGAUGAUCAUAUUUUGAUCUGAUCCUAUUUGGUAUUGAUCAAAAAGGUGAUAUUACAAGAGAGAUUAUAUAUGAUAAUUAAUAUUCAUUUA